AAUAAUGGGUUCAUUAUUGAAGUUUGUCCGAGGACCGGAUAGAAAGGAAGAACCGACAUAUGGGUUUAGGGUUUAAGGUGGCUUAACCCCGUCCACCACUUUCCCUCCAUUUCCUCUCUCUUUCUUGUUAUACUAAUUCAGGUAUGCUCGAUAUAAUUCUCUAAAAUUUUGCUCGUCUUUUUUAUCUUCUCUUUGAAAUCACAGACUUGCAUACAUACGUGCAUACAUAUAUUUUUUUUGGUGUUUGUGAAUUUCUAAUGGCAAGAGGCCCUGUUGCUUCUCUAUUUCGAGCCUAUGCAUCAAAAAGCAAGAUUUCGAGGUGUAGGGUCUUUCUGUAUAAUCAAAAUUUCCAUUCUUUUAGACAAUUUAACAACUGGGUAUUACAAAGUUAUCAUCUUUCUCCUUUUGAUGUGACCUGUCAUCAUUUCUCAACAAGUUUUGUAGACUUAAUUAAUUCUCAGUUACCCUCUUCGAAUUACCCAAAGUUUACCAUCAAUUGGAGGACAUUUUCUUCAUUUGACCAAGAUGGGGAUAAUAAGAAUAGCGCCAAUUCAGAAUUGGAAGAAAACGACACUGUUGAUAUUUUAGAAAAUGUUGAUGAGAAUACCAUGGAAGAUGGUGCUGAUGGUGUGAAUGAAAGUACUUUUUCUGAUCCUUUAGUUGUUGACAAUGAAAAUCGUUGUGUUAAUGAAAGUACUUUUUCUGAUCCUUUAGUUGUUGACGAUGAAAAUGGUAACCAAGAUAGCAACGAUCUUGUUCGGAAAGAAAAUGUAGCAUUCCGUGACGCUAUAGAAUUAUAUCGGGAGCUUCGUAAUGCUGAAAAGAAUGACACGCUCAAACGGUCUGAUUGGGAUACUCUGCAAGAGAUUUUCUAUUACUUUGCCAAUUCUGGGUGGGCUGCCAAUCAGGCUCUUGCAAUUUAUAUUGGCAGGUCUUUUUUCCCUACUGCUGCACGUAAUUUUCGGAACUUCUUCUGUAAGAAAAGUUCUGCUGAACUUGCCUUAUACUUGGUUUCCAUUGGUCCUUCUGAUGCUGCUGUUAGGUUCCUUUUUCCUAUAUUUGUUGAAUAUUGCAUUGAAGAGUUUCCUGACGAGAUUAAGCGAUUUCAGGGUAUGUUACAGUCAGCAGACCUUAGAAAGCCACACACAUGGUUUCCUUUUGCACGGGUGAUGAAACGCAAAAUUAUAUAUCACUGCGGCCCGACAAACAGUGGUAAAACUUACAAUGCAUUGCAACGUUUUAUGGAAGCUAAGAAGGGUGUUUAUUGCAGUCCACUUAGGCUCUUGGCAAUGGAAGUAUUUGACAAGGUGAAUGCCCAUGGUGUCUACUGUAGUCUUUACACAGGUCAAGAGAAGAAAACUGUCCCAUUUGCAAACCAUGUGGCUUGUACCGUGGAAAUGGUGUCAAGUGACGAGUUAUAUGAUGUGGCUGUCAUUGAUGAGAUUCAGAUGAUGGGAGAUGCAUUCAGAGGUUAUGCAUGGACAAGAGCAUUGCUUGGUCUGAAAGCUGAUGAGAUUCAUUUGUGUGGAGAUCCAAGUGUUCUGAAUAUUGUUAGAAAGAUAUGUUCAGAAACUGGGGAUGAAUUGAUUGAAAACCAUUAUGGAAGGUUCAAACCAUUGGUGGUUGAAGCCAAAACCCUUUUGGGAGAUCUAAAAAAUGUACGUUCUGGGGAUUGUGUGGUUGCAUUUUCAAGAAGAGAAAUUUUUGAGGUAAAAUUGACAAUUGAGAAACACACCAAACAUCGCUGUUGUGUUAUUUAUGGUGCCUUACCACCCGAGACUCGUAGACAGCAAGCUAACUUAUUCAAUGAUCAAGAUAAUGAAUUCGAUGUGUUGGUGGCAAGUGAUGCUGUGGGGAUGGGUUUGAAUCUUAAUAUUAGAAGGGUAGUUUUUAAUAGUCUUUCAAAGUACAAUGGUGACAAGAUCGUAUCAGUUCCAGCAUCACAGGUGAAGCAGAUUGCUGGAAGAGCUGGCAGGAGAGGAAGCCGCUAUCCAGAUGGACUCACAACCACACUGCAUUUAGAUGACCUAAAUUACUUGAUUGAGUGUUUAAAGCAGCCUUUUGAGGAAGUAAAGAAAGUGGGCCUCUUCCCUUUCUUUGAGCAGGUUGAAUUGUUUGCUGGGAAAAUUCCAAAUAUUACGUUUCCCCAGAUGCUUGAAAAGUUCGGUGAAAGCUGCCGUCUUGAUGGGUCAUACUUCUUGUGUCGGCAUGAUCACAUAAAGAAGGUAGCAAAUAUGUUGGAGAAGGUUCAGGGUUUAUCUUUGGAAGAUCGUUUUAAUUUUUGUUUUGCUCCUGUAAAUAUUAGAGACCCGAAAGCAAUGUACCAUCUUCUAAGGUUUGCAUCUUCCUACAGUCAGAAGGUCCCUGUUGGUAUAGCAAUGGGAAUGCCAAAAGGAUCUGCUCGGAAUGACACUGAACUCCUAAAUCUUGAAACUAAACAUCAAGUUCUGUCCAUGUAUCUAUGGUUAUCUCAUCAGUUCAAAGAGGAAACUUUUCCAUAUAAGAAGAAAGCUGAGGCAAUGGCAACAGAAAUUGCUGAUUUAUUGGGCGAUUCUCUCACCAAAGCUCGCUGGAAACUGGAAUCAAGGCAGGCAGGGAAAGCAAGGGCUAAGCAACAGAAAGAUGGUUACAAGAGGCCUAAUUCUCUCAUCAAAAGAUAUAAGGAGACAAUGGAAGAUAAACAUUCACCGGAAGAAUGCUCAAAGAAGGUCGCAGCAUAAUGAAUCUUACAACUACUUGUUCCAGUACAUGUCACGAGAGGGAGCAGGUCUCAACUUCCAUUAUAUGGCAGAUGGCCCUACAUGUGAUGAUGCCAGGGUUCUUAACAAGGAAAAUACGAAACUGAACUUGGAAAUCUAAUGAAUAGUCAGAGAGGGUCACAGGGGGUGAUCAGCAACCUAUGGCUUAUAAACUGUGAAGAGAAAUCUUUUCUCGCCCUUGUACCUGCACUUCAGGAAGAGCUCCUCGUUGAUAUGGUAUCAAUUCCUGUUCUCAACUGUGAACCUAAGAAGUAACAUCAAUCUCUAUUCACAGGUUUUACGAGAAAAAAUUGAGGAUCAAUAUUAUGUAAGAUUUUCUGAUUACCACAUUAUAUGUUCUAGACAGCUUUUCAAUCAGCUAGCAGACAACUAACGGAGAAACAGUCAAUUCACCCCUUGAACUUGUUUCAAGGGUCAGGUUUGAACUUUUCAAAUAAAGAGGCCCAUAAUUUUUAUUUGAGGGCCAUAUAGAUCUAA